AUGCUGGGACUGUGGCAUAUAGUCUAUAUCUGCAAAGAGCUAUUUUUCUUUGCAAGAAAGGGUUUUUUUUUUUUCUAUAUUGCUGCUUGCGCCACUGAAGUUUUCAAAAUAGCAUCAAGUACCUCCUUAUCUCUCAAUAACUACAUGAUCUUCAAAGUUGUUGAUAGUGUGUACACCUAUGCUUUCCAGGCUGAACAAAAGGAAAACUGUUCAGCCUGCAGCCAGGUACCUGUGGAACUACACUUUUCUCCAUCUUCCAAGCUCCAUGAAGUGUUAAACUACCUAGCAGAGAGUGCCUCCCUACAAAUGAAAUCACCUGUUGUAACAGCAAUGGUGGAUGGAAGGAACAAAAUUUUAUACUUACAGUCUGGUACUUCAGUUAAACAGAGGAAACACCCAAAUUUGUACAAAACCCUGAAGGACCUGGGGCUGACAAACAGACAAAAGCUUGUUGUGGUUGAUGUCACUACACCCCAGACAAUGUUGUUCCAACUCUGCUUUACCUCAUAGGAAAAACCCAGGCACACCAACUCACACCAACCAUCUGAUGUCACUCUUGUUUCAUGGCCAGCCAUGACUUGUUCCCCAACAUCUACUGUAAAUGGUCUCGAAACUUGACCAGUUCACUGUGCAUUUGGUUGCUGUGUUAAACAUUUCACUUGAUUGUUAUUUCAUUAUUGUUAUGGACUAAAAUUAACAGUAUGCACUGAAAAGCCAAAUCAUACUUUGUUUACAUCCUGUCACAUUUUGGUUUUGCAAAGUUGAGAGUUUCUGCCUCAUAAAAGACUAUUCUUGUACUUCUAAGGGUGUAGAUAAUAUUGAAUACUUAUUUUUUACAAUACAGUUUCUUUUAGUUGCAGCUCCUGCCGGUGUGGUAGGAUAAUCAACAGACAUUGUUAUGUGUCUGUGUAAAAUGUGAGAUCGGAAAAGCGUC